UGAAAAACAUAGAUUCUAAUAGAUUCCUGAUAACUGCCAAAAUUUGCGGGAAAAAUUUGAAUUUCAACUGUACUCUUGUGUUAGUGCUGAUGUUACGACAAACCAUAAAUCUCGUGAGAUCAACAACUAUCGGCAGACGACUUCCGCUCGACAAACAUGUGUUAUUCCAUAAAUACGUAGUGAUAAUGAUUGUUCUUUUCACAACGGUUCACACGAUUGGCCAAGUUGGAAAUGCUUAUGUGGUAUCAGAUUUGUCGACAGAGCUCUCAGUUGGAAAUAUUAUGUUCACAGAUGCUGCCCAGUAUGGUUUGUUAAACGGCUCAGCUUAUAUCACUGGCUGGAUUGCAGCGUUUACCUUGAUGAUAAUUGUAACUUUUUCGUUGCCAUGUAUUCGCUCAAGGCUUUAUGAAUUAUUCUUCACAGUACAUUUUUUAUGUGUUCCUUUUUGGAUUUUAUUGAUCUUCCAUUGCAAAGAUUUCUGGAAAUGGAUUCUGGUGCCCGGAUGUUUGUUUCUAAUUGAACAGAUAUACAGGUUAAAAUGGAUUAAACGAAUACGUUAUGGUGUAACUCACAUUCAGCGAGCUACUCUAUUACACGGAAGCGUGACCCAUCUAGAAAUAUCGAGACCAAAGACAUUCGAUUUCAAACCAGGAGAUUACCUGUAUAUACAGAUUCCGGAGAUUUCUCCGUAUGAGUUUCAUCCAUUUACAAUCAGCAGUGCACCGGAAAUGAAAGAUGUACUAUGGUUACAUAUUCGAAAGAGAGGAAACUGGACAAAUGCCUUAUAUAAAUUCAUUUCGAAACAUGACCCGGAUGUUGGUCACAGAAGAUCGUUUUCAUGGUUAAAAAUGAUCAAGUCUAUCACGGGAAUAACGAGAUCGAAUUUAACAGAAAAUCACAAAGGCACAGUUGAACCUGCAAAGAAUCAAAGACAAAGGCGAGGAGGACUACCAGAUAUUGAUGAGGUUGGUUUAGUGAAGCAGAGACGAAUACAAAUGAAAACAAAACAAAUUCAAAUCAGAUGCUUUUUAGAUGGACCCUUUGGAAGCCCUUCCCGAGAGGCUUUGAAUACGGAUCAUUCCAUUUUGAUAGCUGCAGGGAUAGGAGUAACACCAAUGGCCUCAAUAAUUCAAAGUUUAGUUCACACUUUAAGAGAAAGGAAGCAAAAAUGUCCUAGUUGUAGUCAUUGUUAUUACAAUGAUACGACAGAGACAUUACAGAAAGUAAAAAAGGUAGAUUUCAUAUGGGUAAAUAGAGACCAGAGAUGUUUCGAAUGGUUUACGCAUGUGUUAAAGGAACUUGAGACAGAACAGGCCUUGCUCAGUUCAAAUGAAGAUAACCUUGUUGAUUUACAUUUGUUCAUGACGUCAGCGGUCAAGAAGUCGAACAUGGAAGGAGUGGGAUUGCAUCUGGCUUUAGACUUGGCUCAUCGCAGAGACAGUAAAGACUUUUUUACAGGACUAGAAGCUCGUACCCAGCCAGGUCGCCCUGACUGGGAUAAGCUUUUAUCCGAAAUAGUAUCUAAAAGAAAGGGGAAGAAGAAGGUAUUCUUUUGUGGACCAAAACCAAUGUCAGAAAAUGUGAAGCAAGUCUGUGAAAAAUAUCUGAUUCCCUUUGCAAAGGAAAACUUUUAGUCUUUUGUUAACGGUAAUUUAGAGGAUGAAUGCAAAUUGUGUAUACAUAUAUCUAAAAGAUUGAAAUAAUGAUCGUUGUUUUAAACGGCAUAUUUUACGCAUAUUCAAUUCUUUUUCGAGGAUUAUUUACAUAUUGCUAAUACUUUGUUUUAUAUAUAAUUAUGUAUGCUGUUUACCUUGA